CGGGCGCAGAGCUGACGCUCUAGCCCCCGGAGUUGGCCAGCUCCUCUCGCCGGCCCCAGGAAAGGGUUCCAAGUCCUUUUAGUACCCGACGCUGUGUGGGAGUUCCUGGCGUUUCGGCUCCUUGGUCGCAGAGGCAGGAGGCACCCAACUGCAUGUCUGUCAUGGAUCUCGCCAGUACUUGCUCCAGCUUUCAGUCGGACUUGGAUUUCUGUUCAGAUUGCGGCUCGGUCCUGCCUCUGCCCGGGGCUCAGGAUACGGUCACCUGUACUCGCUGUGGCUUCAACAUCAACGUUCGGGAAUUUGAGGGGAAGGUUGUGAAGACUUCAGUUGUGUUCCACCAACUGGGGACAGCCAUUCCUAUGUCGGUGGAGGAAGGGCCUGAGUGCCAGGGACCUGUGGUUGACAGGCGCUGCCCUCGAUGUGGUCAUGAAGGAAUGGCAUACCACACCAGACAGAUGCGUUCAGCCGAUGAAGGGCAAACUGUCUUCUACACCUGUACCAACUGCAAGUUCCAGGAGAAGGAAGACUCUUGACCUUUUUCCUGGGCAACUCAACACUCCCUCCCUCCUUUUGGAAGGUGAAGGAUACUGGGUUUUUAGCUGCCUUGUCCAUCCCAUCUGGUUGCAAUGUUUUGCUCCUAGAAGAGAGUCAGAUCAUCAUGUGGGGAUUACCAUUGUUCCUGGAGUACUCCUACCCUUAAUUGAAUUUCCUUAUUAAAGUUAUAUUUUCCUAAAAGACCCUGA